UAUUUGUCAUGUUUGUAUAGAUUGUAUAGGGUUACCUCUUAGAGGGUACAACACUUAGGUAUAUUUAUUAGAAAGAUGACGUUUCUAGGUUGCGAGAACAAAUCGUAAUCGUACAGAUCAGCAGCUCAAUGUUGCUGAUCUGUCAGCAAAUUACCCUGAAAACAACCCGCGGGGCCGGUUUUUUUUAGCGUUGGCACAGUGGAGCAUGCUAAGCCGCAUUCUUACGCUAGCACGAAAACUCUCACAACGCCAGGCGAAUUUGCGGGCGUUGCGGGCGUUUCCCAGGGAAACCGCGCGCAUUGUACAUUUCUAGCGCCUGCCUUACCAGUCGCAUCGCAUCCAACAUCCCGAAACCGAGAUCCCCUGAAGCAGCCCAAACCUGCCGGUUCCAGCCGCAUCCACAAAUCUACCCACGUCGAUGCUCACCACUCGAUACGCCCCUUUGGUGGCCAUAUUCGAGGCUGUUCCCGAGUCCGUGAAUUGGCUAGUUCCCCCAAAGCCGCAAAUCCAGCGGUUUCACAUUUUCCCCAUGUCUGGUUCCUCUUGCUCCCACCGCACUGCCGCCUGCCACUUCCUCAACUUCCGCCCGACCAGACCUGCUCGCCUCCCUACAUUGUCGCUCUCAAGCUCUUGCCUUUCCAUCCAGAAUUUUGAAUCGCUCACCGCGCGUACAGCAGCCGGUGGCAGAGGCUGCGCGUGUAAGGGCAUCGCCCAUCCGCGGCGUGCCCACGGCGGCUGCCCGCAUCCCCGGGGACUCAAAAGUCUUCACCGGGGACUCCCUCCGCUCCGCCUGCGCCGCCCCGCCAUCACGCCGCAGGCGCGGCUCUUCACUCAGGCAGCACAGGGUGCUGGAGGGGCCAUGGCCGCCCGCCACAGGACCGAUGACGAAGACCAGUUCGACCCGUAUGCGCACUCCCGCCAUGGGCCCCUGUGCUGUGCCAGCUGGCGCAGCAACCCUGGUGCUGCUUUCAUUGCAGGUCAGCUCUCUGCACUGGCGGUGGGGGCUGGCGUAGCAGCGGGAGCAGAGGUAGCGGACAGCGGGGGGAGCGGGGAUGGGUGCGAGUGCGAGUUGGGGGAGGGAAGAGUGCGUGAGGGGAGCGUUGAGUUUGUGUUGCGGCAAGAGGCGAUGGAGGAGGAGAUGUGUGAGGGCAUGGAGCAGAGCAUGCAGGGGGGCGUGAGGGGUGACGCUCCUGGCAAGUGCGCACGGGGGCACGAGGCGAAGCAAGCAGCGGCGGCUGAGAGAAUACCUGCCAUGUGGCUGCCCAUGGCGUCCAGGGGCGUGGGCGAGGGGCAGGUGGCGCAAGGCAGAGCCGUGGAGGAGGGAGCGGAGGUAGCAGGGUCAGAGGCGAAGGUGCAGGAGAGAGAUCGGAUGGAGACACACGGGGCAUCAGGGGGAGCAGACAGCCCUCUGGCCCACAUGCGGAGCGCAGCAGAGGCGCACUCUCACACAGACGCACUGCCCACAUCCGCCUCUCUGGAGUUGAGCCUGCUGGGCGCCGUGACGCCAGGAUCAGCCCGCCCAGCAGCGUGGGCAGCAGGCCCCUGCGCAGAGACGCCCUCCAGUGCGGGCAGCCACAGGAGCCCCUUGGCGGAAGCAUGGCCCCCGUUGGAAGGCCAGCAACACAAGGAACCCUCACUGCUUGUCUUCUCAGGCGGCACGGCGUUCAACGCGGUGGCGGAGGAGCUGCACGAGUGGACCACAGCCGUGGCGCACGUGCUGCCCGUCUCCGAUGACGGCGGCAGCACCGCAGAGAUUGUGCGAGUCAUAGGGGGCCCUGCCAUCGGUGACAUUCGCUCGCGCUGCCUGCGCCUGUCCGACGGGUCAACGCACGAGGCCAGGGCGGUGAGGCGACUGCUGGGCCACCGCCUGCCACUGCACCCUGCGCCAGCCAAGGCGGAAUGGCUGAGCAUAGUGGAGGGCGAGCAUGCAUUGUGGCGAGGGGUGUCGGAGCCGUACAAGGAGAUCAUCCGAGCCUUCCUCGUGCACUUCCACUACCAGAUCCUCCGCAAUGCCGGCCAUCGCUUCUGCUUCCAGCACGGAAGCGUGGGCAACUUCUUCUUCUCAGGGGCGCGCUCCUUCUUCCGCUCGCUGGACGCGGCCAUCUUCCUCUUCUCACGCGUCUCCAACAUCCCCCAGCGCAGCCUCGUGCUGCCGUGCGUCUGCACCAACGACCGCUUCACGCUCGGCGCCGAGCUAUUUGACGGAAGCAUCAUCCGCGGGCAGAAUGACAUCUCGCACCCCGCUGUCAGCGACAGCCCGCGCCACCUGCCCCUCUCCGUCGACAAGACUUGUGAUGCCUCUCGUGCGCUGCCUGCGCCCAUCCGCCGUGUGUUCUACAUGUCCAGUGAAGGCACCAACCUGCUGCACGAGGUGUUUCCCUGUGUGAACCGGCGCGUGCUGGACCAGGUGGAGGCGGUGGACGCCAUCAUCUACGGCAUCGGCUCUCUCUUCACCUCCAUCUGCCCCUCGCUGAUAUUGCGUGGAGUGGGGGAAGCAAUCUCAGCCCGGGCAUGUCCCAAGGUGCUGGUGCUCAACGGGUCGCUGGACCGCGAGACAGCGGGCAUGGCGGCGUCGGACUUUGUGGUGGCCAUCUCCAACUGCCUCAACCGCACCUUCGGAGACGACUCCCGCCACCGCCUCAAGCACUCGUCCAUGCGCUAUGUGACGCAUCUCAUUGCACCCGAGGGAGGCGCCAUUCCACUGGACCGUGAACGCCUAACAUACUUGGGAGUCACCUCCGUUACCAUGGUUCCGUCCAUUGCCUGUGAAGGCAGCCCUGGAGUACAUUAUGAUGUGCGGGCGCUUGUCGCAGCAUUGAAAGACCUCCUUUUGAAACACAUGACUGAGCAACUAGCCACGUAGCCCAGUACCCAGAUUUCUGCAGCUGCUCUACCCUUCAUCCUUCACAUCACGCCAACUUCUCCACAAGUCCCUAGGGCAUACUGUAAUUGUCAACUAACAAAUAUAUUUUAGUUAGGGCAUUUGUGUCUAGAUCUCCUAGCUAGAUCAGCUCUUAUGGAGUACAACAUUGUGUACUUGUAUCCAGGGUCUCAGAUAUCAGACGAAAUCCGUCUGAUGGUCUGAAAAUCAGACCCGUCUACUUCCAUUCAUCUGAUUUUUUUACGGGUUGAUUUCGUCCAGACCAGCCAUCUGAAUUCGUCUGAAAGUUCGGACUAGGGGUAGAGCUGUCAAACAUGUGUAUUUGUCAUGUUUGUAUAGACUGUAUAGGGUCAC